AAAAUCACAAUCCACAAAGCAUGCUACUAUGCCGUAAUCAUCAAAAUUACCUCGGACUCCUCGCGUCCCCGUCCCGCCACAUUACAGACUCCAGAAGCUACUACUAUCGAAAGGAUCACUGCUGCUGCUACUAACACCGUCAACAUCUCUCCUUUAUCACCUCGGAAAACACAAAAACAUUGUGCGACUGAUCGGAGGCCGAGAAGUUGAAGUCGACGGAGUUAUCAUAUGGGUGUAGAGAAAGGGACUCGCGAUUCAGACAUUGAACACGAGGAAGACCUCGAUGAAGAACCAGGGGAGGUGAUCGAAUCAGCUCCUCCUCUCAAGGUUGGCGAAGAGAGAGAGCUUGGUAGUUCUGGUAUAAAGAAGAAGCUCCUCAAGCGUGGCCUUGGCUGGGAAACUCCAGAAUUCAAUGAUGAAGUCACUGUUCAUUAUGUGGGCACAUUACUUGAUGGUACUAAGUUUGAUUCCACAAGAGAUAGGGAUUCAUCUGUGAUUAUGAAACUUGGUCAAGGGGAAGUGGUGGCUGGAUUGGAUCAUGGGAUCAUUACCAUGAAAAAGGGCGAAUGUGCAUUGUUCACGUUGCCUCCUGAAUUGGGCUUUGGAGUGGCAGGGCGUGAUGCAGUGCCGACGAAUUCUUUUGUUCGAUAUGAGGUCGAGCUUGUUUCGUGGAUUAAGGUGGUGGAUGUGAGCAAAGAUGGUGGAAUUAUAAAGAAAAUUGUGGAGAAGGGAGAUAAGCACGAGCGUCCUGGUGAUUUAGAUGAAGUCCUUGUGAAGUAUCAGGUGGCCCUUGCUGAUGGCACUAUUGUGGCAAAAACAUUAGAAGAAGGAAUUGAGUUUUAUGUAAAAGAUGGUCAUUUAUGUCCAGCAUUGCCAAAAGCAACCAUGACCAUGAAAAGGGGAGAGAAAGUCAAACUAGUUGUUCAACCUCAAUAUGCUUUUGGACAGGAAGGAAAAGAUGCUAGUGAUGCAAUCUGUCCAGUCCCACCAAAUUCUACUCUGUACAUUGAUCUUGAGCUAACAUCCUUUAAGCCUGUUAUUGAUGUUACUGGUGAUGCUAAGGUCUUCAAGAAGAUCCUGAAAGAGGGGGAGGGCUCCCUUAUUGCAAAUGAAGGUGCAACAGUAACUAUUAGCUAUACAGCUAGGCUAGAGGAUGGAACUGUGUUUGAAAGAAAAGGAAUUGAUGAUGGGCAGCCUUUGCAAUUUAUAACAGAUGAAGAGCAAGUGAUCACUGGUUUAGACCGAGCUGUGGCAACAAUGAAGAAGGGGGAACAUGCAAUAUUAACAGUAAAGCCAGAAUACGGCUUUGGAAACAUUGAAACAAAGAGGGAUCUUGCUAUUGUACCCCCAUCAUCAAUCUUAGUCUAUGAAGUUGAAAUGUUAGAUUUUAUUAAGGAGAAAACACCAUGGGAGAUGAAUAAUCAGGAGAAAAUUAAGGCUGCCGAGAGAAAGAAAGAAGAAGGAAAUCUGCUAUUUAAAAGUGGGAAGUAUCUAAGAGCUGGGAAAAAGUAUGAUAAGGCUGCAAGUUAUGUUGGUGAAGAGGAAGUUUUUGGGGAUGAUGAGCAAAAGCUGGUUACAGCAAUGAGAGUAACUUGCUGGCUGAACAAGGCAGCAUGUAGCCUCAAACUUAAUGAUUUUCAGGGAGCAAUCAAGUUAUGUUCAAAGGUACUGGAUAUUGAGUUCUACAACAUAAAAGCCCUUUAUAGGCGGGCACAAGCACUGAUCCAAACUACAGAUUUGGUCUCAGCUGACAUGGACAUUAAGAAAGCUCUUGAAGUUGAUCCUCAAAACAGGGAGGUGAAGUUAAUUCAGAAGACAUUGAAACAACUUCAAGCAGAAAGUAACAAGAGAGAUGCAAAGCUCUAUUCCAACAUGUUUGUGGGUAUGACAAAGCAAACAUCUGCCAUAACCAAGAAAUUGAAAGUCGAGAGAGCAGAGGAUGACAUGAAAAAUGGAGAGGCUGUGGCAAUGGAAAUGGAAAAUGUUGCUGAUAGUUCAUAUCCACCUGACAAUGCAAAGGCUGUUGAUUCCUGUUAGCAUCUUUGUUAAAGAAAACGUAUGUAUCAUAAUAACCUAACAACCAAGAGGGAAAAUGCACGCACAGAUGCAAUAGAAUUAUUGUCUACUGUGAGAUAACAAAUCUCCUUCGCUGCUCAUCUUUGCAUUAUAAUAUUAACCGUACAGGGAAUGCAACAUUUGGACACCAAUGAGGAAUUAUUUUUUCCA